GUAGCCACGGCCAGUAUCUUUUCCCAUCGUUCCAUGGUAUUUCACCUGUGCCCCAAGGACUGCGGGAAGGUUUAUACGGCUCGACGAAUUUUAAGCAUAAUGUGAUUGGGCGACAUCAAUCUUGCGGCGUUAUUGCUAAUGUACAGAUGCCAGAACACGUAGUCCAACCAGGCUACGUUUAUAACCACAAGUAGUGGCCGCCUUCAAUGAUUUGAUUUCGAAUGUCACGGAAAAAUGGACACCGGUGUAUGCUUUAUCCGUAGCGCAGCAGGUCGUCUCUUGAGCUAGCAGCCGCACUUUCGUGGGCCUACCGAUGUGCCGACAUGCGAGAUACAUUGGGCUGUCUGUCAAGCAUUCUCUUGACGUAACUAAUACCCGCAGGACUCUUGGUUGCUUUCCGGGGGAUGCCCAGAUAGUAAGCGAUGUCAUACGAGUUAAACAUUCUCACAUACGUUACUACUAGUCUCCUCACUCUUUUCACCAAUGAGUUCCAGAAGACUGUCCGAAUCGCUAAACAAUAUCUUUCCCCGACCAUUAAUGAACGCCUUGCUGCCAUGAAAGAACUAGGGCGAAUUGGGAUGACAACCAGCUGAUAUGCUUCAGUGGAUUAUUGAAGAAGCUCUGGCUAGGAACUACGAUCUGGACGUCAUCGUACAGAUGGUACAAUAAUUCCUGGUCAUCGUUCGUGGACGCUGACACCACCAUAGAGUUUCACCCAUGCAUUGUACCAUCUCGCUGUACAGCCAAAAUUUCUGGUAUCUCUCCGUGAGGAAUUCGCCUCCGUCAUCUCCGAAGAAGACCAAGGCAGCUAUGAGCAAAAUGCGCAAAUUGGACAGCCUCCUCCGUGAAUCUCAGAGGAUGAAUGGCACCGAUAUUGAUAAGGAUAACCCUCAUCAUUUCAAAGACGUAACCCUGUCCACCGGAGCGACUGUGCCUGCGGAUUCAUACCUCGGUGUACCUCUCCUUUCGAUUCAGCAUGAUGAAGAACUAUAUCCCAACCCGGAGGUUUUCUAUCCCUGGCGCCUUUCAAACAUGCGUGAAGGUGCGGAAGGCGUGAAGUAUCAAUAUAUCACUACUUCACCAGAGUACCUUACCUUUGGACAUGGAAGGCAUGCCUGUCCCGGGCGACCCUCCGCGGCGAAUGAGAUCAAGACAAUGCUCUGUCAUGUCAUCUUAUAUUAUGACGUGAACUUCGAGAACGAAGGCGUACGUCCGCAAAACUACUGCGUCUUCAUGCAGUCCUAUCCUUCUGUCGAUGCAAAGGUUUUGUUCAGGGAGCGUCACGAACCGACGCCAUUCCAUGUAUAUCGAAUCAUCAGUUUUAGCAAUAUGAUACCGCCACAAAAAUGUUCGCGACCUGUCUUGGGACUGCCGUUCGUGUGAACCGUGAAGCUUGAAGACGGAAGUCCGGAUAGUAAAAUAUCGGUCAUAAU